CUAUUCUCUCAGGCCAGGUUCCCACUGGGGCAAAGGGUACUUUUCUGAGCCUGGCUCUGUGUAAGGCAACCGGAACUCGGCUGCCCUUAGUAAAGAUGGCGGGAAGAACGGCGUCCUUGCCUGUCAGGCUGCGGCAUCGGUGCCCUCGCUCAACAUGGCGGCCGUUUGUGCCCGCCCCCUCCGCUAACUGGUGGGUUAGUCGGUCCCAACGCAGUAGACGAAGGCGGCGGCGAUGGCGGCGGGGAUAGUGGCUUCUCGCAGACUCCGCGACCUACUGAGCCGGCGAUUGACAGCCUCCAACUACUCGGGCCUCGGUAUUAGGCUUCGCCUCACUGGCUCCUCUGCACAAGAGGAAGCCCCAGACCACAGCUAUGAGUCCCUUCGUGUGACAUCUGCGCAGAAACACGUUCUGCAUGUCCAGCUCAACCGGCCCAACAAGAGGAAUGCCAUGAACAAGGCCUUCUGGAGGUGUGACCUGCAGAUCCUGGAGGCCUGCCUGCCGGGGGAGGCGGGGGCUGCGGGACUGAGCCAGAGUGGAACCUUGUGGGGAGAUGGACUUGAGGGCAGGAAUUCUGGGCAGGGUUUUAUGGACUCUGAUAAGGCCCUGGCAGGGCCAAAGUUCAUCAGCACUUCCUCUUUGCAGGGGGGAUAG